GGUGAGAAAGAGUGACAGAGGAAGAGAGAGAGUGAGGAAAGGAGUCUAAGUGGAACAGGUUCUCUGUGGUAUUAGCUCCACCUCAGUCAGCAGACAUGGCCAACUUUGCCGGCAUCUGGAAAAUGAAGAGCAGCGAGAAUUUCGACGAACUUCUCAGAGCUUUGGGCGUGAACGCCAUGCUGAGGAAAGUAGCGGUGGCAGCCGCUUCGAAUCCCCACGUGGAGAUCCGGCAGGACGGCGAGCAGUUCUAUAUCAAGACAUCCACCAGCGUACGCACCACCGAGAUCAACUUCCGGGUCGGCGAGGAGUUUGACGAGGAGACCGUGGACGGGAGAAAGUGCAAGAGUCUCGCCACCUGGGUGUCAGAGAACAAACUCAGUUGUAAGCAGACUCUGGUGGACGGUGACGGACCAAAAACCUUCUGGACCCGAGAACUCAACGGCGAUGAGUUGACGCUGAUUUUCGGGGCUGACGACGUGUUGUGCACCCGCAUUUACGUGCGGGAGUGAAGUUCCAGGAUACGGCGGAUGAAUAAUUUGGGAUCAGAUUUCCAAUGCUAAUAUGCUAAGCUACAAUAUUCCAUAGACGUAGUCUCCACACACUUUCGUUAUGUUGUCUCUUGUUUAUGGCAUUGGACAUGGAUUUGACAUGGAUUUUCAAGCACAAGAAAGAAUAAAAAUCAUUAAAGAAAAAUCUUUAUAUCUAUGUCAGAGACUCUGUGAUGCUAUUUUAGCUUUAGGAUUUAAGAGAGCAAUUAUGGCAUUUAUGGAUUAAAACAGGAUCU